CGACCAAAACAGCUUCGAACAACUUUGCGAUCAUAAUCAUCUCAGAAAAAAACGUCGCGAAGAAGAUGAUGCACAUGACCUUCUACUGGGGCAUCAAAGCCACAAUCCUCUUCGAUUUCUGGAAAACCGAUUCAUGGCUGAGUUACAUCCUCACUUUAGUCGCCUGCUUCGCCUUCGCCGCCUUCUACCAGUACCUCGAGAAACGCCGUGUCCAAUUCAAAUCCCUUUCAUCCACUCGCCAUCCUAAUCCCCCGCCUCGCGCCGGCGUUUCCGCACCUCUUAUCCCCAAAUCGGGCACCAGAUCCGCCGCCAAAGCUGCGUCGGUGCUGCUUUUCGGCGUCAACGCGGCGAUCGGUUACCUGCUGAUGCUGGCGGUUAUGUCCUUCAACGGAGGCGUUUUCAUCGCGAUCGUCGUCGGGUUAACCGUCGGUUACCUCGUUUUCAGAUCUGACGACGACGGUGCUGACGUGGCGGCGGAGAAUCCAUGCGCGUGUGCUUGAUUUCGGAUGAUUCGGUUUAUGUUUGUUGUGUUUGAUCUACGCCACGUGUUUUUUAUUUCUGUAUUUUUUUUUUCUUUUCUUGUUGGCUCCUUCACCAAACUGAUAUCGUCGACGAUCUGAAUGCGUUUCUGGGUUUAAUGAUGUCUAUGAACUUAAUGAUGUGUAAGAUUAUCCCGUUUUAAUCCUAUGAUUGAGCUAUAUAUAUUCUCCAGAUUUAAUA